AUGGCUGAUAAUAAAAUUUAGUAGUAAAAAUACGAUACAGAUUAUACUUAAAUUAGAGCUUAAAGCUACGCUCCUUUUUAGGUGACUAAUCUUCAUUUAGAUGAUGGCUAGACAAAUAUUCCAAAUGAUGAAAUUGAACGCUCAGAAGAAAAUGAGAAAAAAUUUUAAGAUUAUUUAGAGAAAUAAUAGCAACACGAUGAUCCAAGAGAGGCACUUUUGAAACAAUAUAGUAAAGAAGACAGACCAUAUAAAAUUGUAGACUUAAAUAAUAAUUGCGUAUAUGAUGCAAGAGUUGAAGAAGAUAUUCUCAAACUGACUACAAUUAAUUCCAUGAAAUCUCCUUCCACAAUCAAAAACAAUAAACCAACUUGGCAGGAUUUUUGGAAAAAUGUGAAAAAAUGUAAUAUUGAUCUUUUAGAUGCUGCAGAAAUUGGAAAUGUUGAUAAAAUAAAAUACUUACUAGAUAAAUCUAAAAAUCUAUAUCCAGUCGAUCUCAAUUAUUAAUCGUUAGAUAAUUACACAGCUUUGCAUUUCUCAGUAACUGAUAUGCAUAACUAAAUUGUUUAGAUUUUAAUAGAUAAUGGGUGCAACAUAGAAGCUGAGACUACUUUUAAGCGCAGACCUCUUCAUUUAUGCUGUAUAAUAGGAAAUAUUGAUGCUCUUAAAAUAUUAAUUAAACAUAAGGCAGAAAUUAACCCUCUGGAUAAUAACAAUAAUACCCCAAUUCUUCUUGCAUCUUAAAACAGGUGGCAUGAAAUAGUUGAAAUUCUGCUUGAUAAUGGAGGUGAUCCACACAUUAAAAAUAAUAAAGGCGAAAAUGCUGUUAAUGUUUGCGAUACUUAAAAUAUGUAUGAUGUAUUUAUGAAACAUAAAAUUUACGAAACUGAAGGUUUUGUGCUCAAGGAUAAUUUUUCAAAUUUCAAUAAAAAGCAGAACGGUCAAAAUUAAAACGAAGGUGGUCAAGUAGAAGAAGGUAAAGUAGAAGAAAACAAUAGUGAAUAGGGAUAAAGAGUUUCUAGCCCUGAGAAAAUUCGUAAUUUGAUAAAUAAAGAAGGAAUAAUUGAAAUGUAAAAGAAAACUGUGUAAGACUAUGAAUAUUAUAGAAUUUUAGGUUCUGGGGCAUUUGGAAAAGUCAUAUUAGUUAAAGACAAAAAGAAUUAAAAAUACUAUGCCAUGAAGAUUAUAAGCAAAGAAAAAUUCUAAUAACUAAAUUUAAUGAAGUAUGCUCUUUCUGAGAAAAAUGCAAUGAGCAAAAUGUAGCAUCCUUUCAUAGUUAAAUUACAUUAUGCCUUCUAAACAAAGAGAAAACUUUUUUUAAUUUAAUAAUACUGUGGUGGUGGAAGUUUAGGAAGAAUGCUUAAAAUAAAGCAAAGAUUUGAUGAACAAACAGCUAAAAAAUAUAUGUGCCAAAUUAUAUUAGCUAUAGAGGCUUUACACGAUAAUUUAAUUAUUUUUAGAGAUUUAAAACCCGAUAACAUAGUUUUAGAUGAAGAAGGAAAUGCCUACUUAGUAGAUUUUGGUUUAGCUAAGCUAGGUGUAUAUGACGAAAUUAAUAAAUCAUUCCUUGGAACUCCUGCUUAUCUCCCACCUGAAAUCAUCGUUAAAGAUGGACACAAUAGAAUGGCUGAUUGGUAUGCAGUUGGUAUUGUACUAUACGAAUUGCUCAUGGGUUGUACUCCUUUUAACUAAGGAAAUGUAUCUAGAGAAGUAUUAUAUGAAAGAAUUAAAUAAAAUUCAAUUAAAAUACCCUCUAAUAUUUCUAGCGAGUGCUAAGAUAUAAUCUAGAAACUUCUCUGCAAAAAUCCUAAGAAAAGAUUAGGCUAUAAAAAUGAUGGCAAAGAAAUAAGAAGCCACCCAUGGUUCGAAGGAAUAGAUUGGGAAAAAGUUAUUUAAAAGAAAAUUCCUAUGCCAAAGCCAGUAAUUAGAACAAUUCCAAAUGAACCAUUAGAUGUCAGAUUUAAUGAAGAAUGCGAUAAAUAAAUAGAUGUUCAAAACUGGACAGAGAUUAAUGACUGA